AUGGCUUCCCACUCGGUUUCCGAGAUGCUGCCGGUCAGCCUCCUCUACAAGCAGGGAGAGCUCCGCCCUUCCCGACUCCCACCCAUCCCAGGCGCAUCGUCGGCGCAUAACCACCGCAUCAGUCUGCACCGCGGCGACAUUACCAAGUUGUCUGUCGACGCCAUCGUGAACGCCGCCAAUAGCUCUCUCCUCGGCGGCGGCGGCGUCGACGGUGCCAUCCAUCGCGCCGCCGGCCCCGAGUUGCGCCAGGAGUGCCAGACCCUCGGCGGUUGCCGCACCGGAUCGGCCAAGAUCACCGGCGCCUACCAACUACCGUGCAAGAAGGUCAUCCAUGCCGUCGGGCCCAUCUACAACCAGCAGGACCCCGCCGGCAGCGAGGCCUACCUCCGGAGCUGCUACGAUACCAGCCUCCGGAUCGCCGUCGAGAACAACCUCGAGACCAUCGCCUUCAGCGCCAUCAGCACCGGCGUCUACGGCUACCCCAGCAUGGACGCCGCGCAUAUCGCAUGCGACACCGUCCGGAAGUUCCUGGAUAGCGACGCUGGCGCGACGCUACAAACGAUCGUCUUCGUCACCUUUGAGCGGAAGGAUGUGGAUGCUUACCGUAUUAUCAUACCCCGACAUUUCACUCCUGCGACUGACGGCGCAUAA